UCUAACCGUAACAUCCCCUAAAAGUACCAAAUGACCCCCUCUCCCUCGCCCCGCUGCUCUCUUUCUCUCCGGAGGAGACUGCUGUGAUGGCGAGAACGAAGCAUCUGUCCAACAGGUCCUCCUCUCGCCCUCGGAAGCGCUUCCAUUUCGGUCGGUCUCCAGGGCAGCGAACCCCCGCUGAUGCGAAUCGACCUGCGACGCCAUCUGGUGCUACUCCUAGAACCACGGCCACCAGAUCGAGGAACGCGCCUCAAGGGGCACCGAGCCAAUCAAAGAAGCAGCCGAGGCGGCGCAGGUUUAGGCCGGGGGUGGUGGCGCUACGCGAGAUCAGGAAUUUGCAGAAGACGUGGAAUCUAUUGAUCCCUUUCGCUCCGUUUGUCAGACUUGUACGGGAGAUCACUCAUUUCUACUCGAAAGAAGUAAACCGAUGGACCCCUGAAGCUUUGGUUGCGAUUCAAGAGGCAGCGGAAACUCAUAUGAUAGAAAUGUUUGAAGAUGCAUAUCUCUGUGCGAUUCAUGCAAAACGUGUUACCCUUAUGCAAAAAGAUAUCCAUCUAGCAAGGCGAAUAGGAGGAAGAAGACAUUGGUGAAACAAGCCAAACUAACCCAUAUGUUGUGAGAAUUGGAUUCUAUUCUCACAAACAUGUUGUAACCUCAUCAGGCCUUUUUUCUCCCUUGAGAAGUGACUUCUGAAUAUAAUGUAAGUGUGAAUGGUAACUAGAUAUCUGCACAUGACCACUGCUAAACUCUUUUUUCAUUCAAUGCUAAUUGGUUGGCCACUGAAGAUACUUGAUA